GAUUAACCCUCCUCCCACAUAAAACGCCAGACGCGCCUCAAUCACACAAUUACCAGCAGAGCCGGUUCGGCAGUUCCACCCCCGUUCCAAACGCCGCUGUAAACCAUGGUUAAGCACAACAAUGUCAUUCCUAAUGGACACUUCAGAAAGCACUGGCAGAACUAUGUGAAGACAUGGUUCAACCAGCCUGCUCGCAAGACCAGGAGAAGAAUAGCUAGACAAAAGAAGGCUGUGAAGAUCUUCCCUAGGCCUACAUCUGGACCUCUUCGUCCUAUUGUUCAUGGUCAAACCUUGAAAUACAAUAUGAAAGUCAGAGCUGGAAGGGGAUUUUCUCUCGAGGAACUCAAGGCUGCUGGAAUCCCAAAGAAAUAUGCUCCAACCAUUGGCAUUGCAGUUGAUCAUCGCCGUAGGAACAGUUCUUUGGAGGGUUUCCAAACUAAUGUUCAGAGGCUGAAGACAUACAAAGCCAAAUUAGUUGUCUUCCCAAGACGCACCCGCAAAUUUAAGGCUGGUGAUUCUGCUCCUGAGGAGUUGGCAACUGCCACACAAGUGCAAGGUCCUUACUUGCCUAUUGUGCGUGAGAAACCAACAGUCGAGCUUGUGAAGGUUACGGAUGAGAUGAAGUCGUUCAAGGCAUAUGACAAGCUGCGUAUUGAGCGAACGAAUGCACGCCAUGUUGGUGUCAGGGCCAAGAGGGCUGCCGAGGCUGAGAAGGAAGAGAAGAAAUAGUGAGUUUUAGCAGCUGCGGAUGUCUGAAUCUGCUCUGUUUUUAGAAACUGAAGUUAUUUACUUUAUUUUGUUUUGGCCAGUAAUUCUAGCAAUUAUAAGGUGGAAUGUAUGAAUGUUGAGAGAUUUUGUCUUUACAUCAUUUUACGUGGAUUUCCCUUUUCACGAAAGUCUCUUUCUUGGUGUUUACAUGCUGUUUAUUGAGGAAUAAUUGAAAUUCAGAACUAUGUUGUGGUAUGAGAAAUUAAA